AUGGCCAAGGAAAAACCCAAGGAAGGGGUCAAGGCUGAGAGCAAUGAUCAGAUUAAUUUGAAGGUGGCGGGGCAGGAUGGUUCUGUGGUGCAGUUUAAGAUUAAGAGGCACACACCACUUCGUAAACUAAUUGAAGCCUAUUGUGAACGACAGGACACACCUGCACAGUUGGAAAUGGAGGAGGAAGAUAACAUUGAUGUGUUCCAGCAGCAGACAGGUGGUUUCUACUAA